GUAAUAAUGAGGUUAUGGUUCUUGUUGACGUGUAAAGGUGUCAAAAUUCAAAAAUCAGAUUCAAAACAGCCACGUUGGAAGUGUCAGUGUAAUUAAUAUUUAUUCAAAGUUAAUUUCAAUGAAUUAUAUAAAAAGAAGUAAAUAAGAAUAGAUACAAUGAAAGUGAAAGACAUUGAACGUACAGCCAAUGUGGCUUGGUCCCCGAAAAGCCACCACCCCAUAUACUUGGCUGCUGGCACAGCUGCCCAGCAAUUGGAUGCUUCUUUCAGCACCAACGCAGCCCUAGAAAUCUACUCUCUGAACCUCUCUGAACCCGGUCCUGAUACCAAACUGGUGUCUUCAGUGCCCAGUGACCAGAGGUUUCACAAGAUAAUUUGGGGCCCUCAUGGCAGAGAAGAAGCUGGAACUAUCAUUACAGGGUGUGAUGGGGGCUUGGUGCAAAUUUAUAGUGCCUCCAAGUUGCUUAAAGGGGAACAUGGUAUUAUUGGGAAGCAGGAGAAGCAUGUGGGGCCAGUGCAUGCCAUGGAUUUCAAUAAUUUCCAGGAUAAUUUGUUUGCUACUGGUGCUGGGGAAUCAGAAAUUUUCAUUUGGGAUUUGAAUAAUACUAGUUCUCCCAUGUCACCAGGAACAUAAAGCCAACCCACAGAAGAUGUCCUUUCUGUUGCUUGGAAUAAGCAAGUUCAACAUAUUUUAGCUUCCACUUUUCCUUCAAAAUGUGUGAUUUGGGAUUUGAGAAAGAAUGAACCUAUCAUAAAAUUGACAGAUACUGUUUCAAGAAUCAGGUGGAAGGUUGUUGCUUGGCAUCCUGAGGUUGCCACACAACUUUGUUUAGCAUCAGAGGAAGACCAUUCACCGAUCAUCCAGGUGUGGGACCUGAGGUUCGCCACCUCCCCCCUCAAAACCCUCGAGAAUCACCAGAGGGGGGUGCUGUCUAUUUCCUGGUGCGCCGAGGACUCCGAUUUGUUGGUUUCCUGUGGAAAAGACAACCGCAUUCUCUGCUGGGAUCCGAACUCCAAUCAACAAAACGGAGAAGUGUUGGCAGAGGUGGCAAAAACGAACCAGUGGAGUUUCGAUGUAGCAUGGUGUCCAAGGAAUCCCGCCCUAAUAGCCUCACCAAACUUCGAGGGACACAUUUCGGUGUAUUCAGUAAUGGGAGGAAGGACGCAACAAAUCCAAACGACAGACAAAAUAGCCGACAGUUUUCCCGGCAUGGACGGCUACGUUCAGGCUCAGGCACCUGCGCCUAGGCCGAGCCUAGGCACAGAAAGCGCCGAUUUGAGUAAACCGCCCAAGUGGUUGAAGAGACCCGUCGGAGGAAGUUUCGGGUUCGGAGGCAGACUCGUCACCUUCGAAAACGACAAGACGGCCUUGAGCCAGGCUGUCAGUGACGUGCAGCCCGUCCCUGUCCCGAGAACCGUCCGCGUCAGUCAGGUGGUGACCGAGCCGGACCUGGUGCGCAAAUCCAGCGAAUUGGAGAAGGCCCUGGAAUGCGGGGAUUUCGGCGAUUAUUGUCGCAGUAAAUCCGAACAAACGAACGAUCAACACAAAAAGUACAUCUGGCACUUCAUCAAGGCCAACUUCGAAGUCAGUCCUAGAGCGGAGUUGUUGAAUUUGUUGGGUUACAGCAUCGAGGAUGUCAAUAAUAAAUUGAAUAAGUACAUACCCAGAGAUCUGCAUAGCGAUGUCGACGGAUUAGCGGAUGAUCUGAAGAACAUCAAUAGGAUAGAUGAUGCCUCAUUCAAUGAUCCUUUCGAAUCGUUAGUGAGUCAAGAUGGAAAGAAGACCGAACUUUUCAAAAUAAAUACUAGCGAUGAUAAUGUUGGACUUAUAACACAAGCACUUCUAUUGAACAACGUGGAGGCUGCAGUUGGACUUUGUUUGAAGGCCAAGCGAUUUGCCGAUGCCUUGAUUAUUGCAACAACGGGUGGUGCAGAUCUUCUGGCAAGAACACAGCACAAAUACCUGGAACAGGCGGAAGGCUAUGUGUCCUCGCUAAUCGCGGCCAUAGUUUCGGAAGAUUGGGGCAGCAUCAUCAACAACUGCGAGAUCGGCAGCUGGAAGGAGGCGUUCGCAGCCAUUUUGACGCACGCCUCUGACGACGAUCUGCCGGCUCUUUGUGAACAGUUGGGCAAUAGAUUAGAAGAGGAAAGCACCAUCGACCCGAAAUAUUCGCAAGACGCGCAACUCUGUUAUAUUUGCGCGGGCAGUUUCGACAAGUUGGUGGCCAGCUGGAGCGGCAACACUGCUAAAUCGACAGACGAUCUGCAAGAGUUGAUCGAGUUGGUGACUUGCUUGCAGAAAGCUGUGGAAAGACAAGGGAGACACGUGAAGAUAUCAGGUGCGUUUGCGGACACUCUAUCGCACUAUGCCUCUCUUCUGGCCUCCCAAGGGGACCUCUCCACCGCCCUCAACUAUCUGGGCGGCUCCACCGAUGACAGGGUGGUCUCUUUGAGAAACCGCCUCCUGGUGGCGCUCGGCCAGAAACCUUUGAAUGUGCAGGAAGUGCGGCAGCAGCAGAGCAGAAGAGCGAGUCAGAGACAAUCGUUCAGCAAUUAUCUGGCCUCGGGCGGUGGGUUCGGCAAUGCCAAUCAGUAUCAAAGCGUCCAGCAGCAACCGCCCGCUGCGUUCGGCCAGGGCCAAUUCGGUCAGCAGCCGUGGCAGCCGCAGUUCGUGCCGCCUCCCUCGGCUGCCGCCUCUGGAUUCCCCACGCAGCCGCAGAGGGCGUUCUCGCCCCAGCAACAGCCGCCCCCGCUUUCGGAGCCGCCCCGGCCGACCAGCGUCGGCUCCAAUCAAGGGACUUCGACCGGUCUACCAUCCAGAAAAUAUCUACUCGACCCCUCAGUGUCUUCCAACCCUUACGGCUCAGCGAGAACCCAAAUCGCUCCCCAACCUAACAACUCUUUCCAACACACCCCAUUCAACCCUAUGCCAAUCAACCAAAAUCCACCCCAACAACUCCUUUUUGUCUAAUCCAGCUCCGAUUUCCGGUUUUGAUGCUCCUAUUCUGAAUCCCGCGGGGAAUGCUGUGACGUCAUCGGGUUCUACAGGUGGUUACGGAGUUGAGGCGAGUCAUGGGUUCGCAGCGCCGUCUGGAUGGAACGAUCCGCCGCCGAUUAGUAGUCGGGUUUCUAAGAUUCAACAAAAACCAGCAGCCCCUCUGGCCGAUCCCAUCACACACCCCCUGUACGGGACGGCGCCCCAGUCCAACGGCUACCCGGACCCAGCACACCCCACCCCUCCCCUCCAUCCGUACGGGGGCGUGGCCAGGCAGGACUCGACGGCAGCGUACGCCCCGUCCCAAGCUAUGGGGGCGGGACACAACCAGGUGUACGCCCCUCCCCAAACGUUGGGGGCGGUACCUAAUCAGAUGUACGCUCCGCCCCAAGCAUUGGGGGCUGGACCAAAUCAGAUGGCCAAAUCAGUUCGCGCAGAGCGUCGAUCCGGGCGGUUUCAAUCGGAACGCGGUGGGGGGCGGGAACGUGGCACAGCAGCUGCAGGAUGUGCAAGGAAAUGUGAGAGAAGCUACUCCCCAACCCGUACAAAAAGCGCCCAUACCAGAAGAGCACUUACAUAUGAAGACGGUGCUGGAUGAGUUGAGACAUCAGUGUAGUUGUGCCGCUAAUAAUCCGCAAACCAAAAGAAAACUGGAAGACGUGGGCAGAAAAUUGGAAACGCUAUAUGACUCAUUGAGAGAACACAAGGUGAGUUGAACA